UCUUUUAAAUUGACAAUUAAUUUUAAUAGAUUCUUUAAAUUAUAUGAAAUUUAUGUUGAGAUCGUCCCUGUUUCUAGAACAUUUUAUAAUUUUUAGAUUUUGCGUUUGUAAAGUGUACGAUUAGCGCUUUACCAAAAAAUAUUUCUCCGAUAUAAGAAUAUUUUUUUAAAUAAGAUAAUAUAUUAAUUAUAUGUUAUAAUCUAUCUAGUUCACCUAUUCUUGAAUUUGAGCCUAUAAUAUAGUGAAUAUUACCAAUUAUUUAAUGUUACAAAGUACAACAAAAUAUUCAACGUUAAAAAUGUAUAAAAUUCUGGAUGUUAAUUACACAUUAGCUUCAGUACAAUCAUAAAGUAAAUUUCAAUUUGUCUAACAAAUUUAAUGUUUUCUAACAUUUAAUACUUUUAUCGUUAGUAUAUACUUUUGUUAUUUAACGUUUUACAAACAAGAGGACAACCUAUCUUAUCAGCACUCGACGAGAAAGAGUAUAUUUAGUUACUGGUCGCCGUUUAGUACGUUUCGCAUCACUGUUCUCGUAAGAUUUUACGUUACCGCGCUUAUAACACGAUGUCCCGCUUGUCGUACACCUACAAAGGUCUUAUUGUUCCUGCAUUUACUCCUUUCAAUAAAAAUGGAUCUCUUAAUUUGGAUAUUAUUUCAAAAUAUGCAACGUAUUUAGCAAAGAAAGGGAUUAAAGGUGUACUUGUUAAUGGUACAAAUGGUGAAGGAAUGUCAAUGUCUGUUGCCGAAAGAAAACUUGUUGCCGAAACUUGGGUAAAAGCAACAAAAGAAACAAAACAACACUUAAUGGUUCAAAUAGGAGGAACUUCUCUUCCUGAUGUUAUCGACCUUGCGAAGCACGCAAGUGAUUUAUCCGUGGAUUCUAUACUUUGCUUACCAGAAUUGUAUUUCAAACCUACUACUUCUAAACAAUUGAUUGAAUAUUUAGAAAUAGUUGGCAAAGCAGCGCCAAAAACACCAUUACUGUACUAUCAUAUUCCCAUGAUGACGAAUGUUAAUAUACACAUGGGGCAGUUUCUUGAAUCGAUUAAUAAUAAAAUACCCUCAUUUGUGGGUAUAAAAUUCACUAGCUUCAACUUGGAAGAGGGUGCGCAAGCGCUAAAUGCCAAUAAUAGAAAAUAUGCUAUUUUUCUUGGCAAUAAUCAGUUAAUAAACGCCGCAUAUGCAUUGGGGAUGAAUUCCUUUAUAUUAAGCAGCAUAAACAUAUUUCCGGAACUUGUAUUGGAUCUUCUUGCUGCUUGCAAAGAUGGAGAUAUGUUAAAAGCUAAAGAUAUACAAGAGAAGCUUUCACGCGCAGUACUUGCUAUAAUGAAACAUGGUAAUCGCGUACAAGCUAUGAAAAUGGCAAUGGCUCUUCUUACUGACAUUGAUACAGGACUAUCUCGUGCACUACCUAAAUCUAUUUCUACCGAAACUAUAACGACUAUAAUAAAAGAUUUAACAAACUUAGGAUACCAGCCAAAAAUUGAAAAUAGACAUUAUUGACAAUAUAUUAAAA